AUGCCAAAUGCUAUCGAUUACGAGGAUGUGCCAGGAACGGUUCGUCUUGUCGACGUAGCCGGGAAUGCCUCCUCUGAACUACACGAUGCAUCCCACAACGACAUCAUCCUCGUACCUUGUCCUAGCUCGGAUCCAGCCGACCCACUGAACUGGACGCAUCGCCGCAAACUCCUCGCCGUCAGCGUGGCAUAUCUCUACGUCCUCGGCACCGGCAUCGCGACUUCGCUCCAGUACUCCGUCCUUGCUGACAUCACGAAAGACACCGGCAUCUCCACCGCGAACUUAGUCCAAGGAACUGGUGUGAUGUUCUUGUUCUUCGGGUGGGCUUGCUUGAUAUGGCAACCCAUCAGUCUUACCUACGGGCGCCGUGGCGUGUACCUCAUCACCAUGCUCCUCGCCGUCCCCAUGAUGGAGUGGACUGCCUAUUCAACAUCAGCCGGAGAAUGGUUUGCACACCGCGUCUUGAUUGGCAUCAUCGUCUCGCCGAUUGAGUCAUUGUGUGAGGUUACGGUGUUUGACCUCUUCUUCGCCCACAACCGAGGGACGUAUAUGGGCCUAUACGUCUUCAUCUUGUUCGGUUCCAAUUUCCUCGCCCCGCUCGUUGCUGGAUGGUUCAAUGACGCAUACGGCUGGCGAUGGACGAUGCAUUUCGGAAGCAUCAUUUGCACCGUGUGCUUUGUGAUCAUGUUCUUCUUCAUGGAGGAGACGAUCUACUUCCGAGGUCAUGUCAUUGACGGCCAGGAAACCGACAGCCAUGGUCCAGGGAGUCACGGUUCAACGGACGCCAAACAUGAUGCAAGCUCAGAGAAGGAAACCCAUGAUCCAACAACGUCUUCUCAAACUUCUGCAACCCAGUCACUUUCUCCAUCUCAAGAUAUAAACUCAGGAUGGAGCAAGUAUACACUCUUUAAAGCCCUCCCUGGACGGCCCAGCAAUAUCGAUAUGCUACGCAUGGCCUACCGACCUAUCAUCAUGAUCUUCCGAUUUCCGACCGUUGCAUGGGCUGGGUUCCUCUAUGGUAUCAACUUGGCUUGGUAUAACAUUUUGAACGGGACCGCAAGUCCGGUUCUUACAGGCAAACCCUACAAUUGGUCAGCGGCGCUGGUUGGAUGUGUCUAUGCGGGCCCCAUCAUCGGUGCAGCCGUGGCUUCGCUCUGGUCUGGAAACGCAGCGGACUGGAUUGCUCUCCGGCUAGCCAGACGCAACAAUGGCAUCCGCGAGCCUGAGCAUCGUCUAUGGGUUUUGACCUUGUCCGGUGUGACCUCUGCAGCUGGCCUCAUCACCUGGGGUCUCGGCGCCUAUCACAACGUCCAUUGGGUUUGGUUGAUAUUCGGUCUCGGCAUGCUGACGUUUGGCGUUGUGACUGGCGGCUCGAUCGCAGUGAGCUACAAUGUUGACUGCUUCAAGGAAAUUGCAGGAGAGACGACGGUGUCUAUCAUGCUCAUCAGAAACACAAUCGGGUUUGGCUUCAGCUACGCCAUCACCCCUUGGUGGACCACGCAAGGGCUGCAGAACUGCUUCAUCACUGCGGCCAUGGUCUCUGUUGCGUGCACCUUCACGUUUGUGAUCAUGAUUAUCUAUGGGAAGAGGAUUCGCCGCUGGUCCAUUCCCGCUUACCAGAAGUACAUGGCAACGACAGUGGCUUCACAUGAGUGA